GCCUGCAAAAAAUGAGCGAAUCUCUCUCUUUUUCUUUUUUAUUCUCUCUCAUCUCACUACCCAAUUUUUCAAUUCUCUCUCUAGCCCCUUGAAAGCGAAAUAGAACUGCACAAAACGAAAAAUUUUACAUGUCUAAAAAAACGGAUCCCAAACAAUAACUGAACCCUAACCCUAGAAAACGGGGCUUAUCCUUUUAUUCCCCUCUCCCUUCGUUCCCUCACUCUGAAAUCGAGUCAAGUUCGAUUGGGUUUGUCACUUUCUCUCCACUGGCGCAUGCGAUAAGGUUAUCUAUACGGCUUGUUACGUUAGGGUUUCGUUUUUCUAUGAUGGAAUGCUUUCUUUCUUUGGUACCUUGUUGUUGCCGGUGAUGACAGGGGACCGAUGCCACCGGUGGGAGAACAUGGCGGGAGAACUGGAUGCCACCACCCAGGAGAGGCCCUGCCCAGCCAAUUUUCCGGUGGAAAUUUCUCAAGACUCCACUGUGUUUGAGAUUGAUUACUUGUCACAGGCUAGGAAAGCACUCAGCGAGCGUUCCCCCUUUGAUGUUGCUGAAGAAACGUCCACUUCUGCUGCAGUUACUCUGCCAAGUGGGUUAGCGAGUUUGCUGAACCGUCACACUGAUAACAGAAGGCGCCAUAAGAAGUCUCAUUCUGGUGGGGAUAAGAAGAAAUCUUCAUCUAGGGAUAAGAAGAAGCCCGAAGCAUCUAACAUUUGGGUUGAGACUGAGGAGUACUUCAGGGACUUGACCUUGGCUGAUAUUGACACCUUGUUUGAGGCCUCUUCAUCUUCGAGUUUAGCGUCUCGUGCGUGUUUCUUGAUUCCACACUUGGGAAGUGCUUCUAGGAUUAAUGCAGGUAGUACUAGUAGUCAGAAUGAAAAGGAGCCUUUUCCCAAAUUCAAUGUAGUUAGUUCUGAGAAUCAAAAGAAGUCUUGUGAGGACAACAAAAAUGAUGAUGGUUUCUUGAAACUUGAGUCAGUUGACAAUGUUGCUGUUGAAGAAGCUUUGCCUGAGGAUGACAAGAAUCACCAAACUUCAGAUUGUUUUCUUAGUUUAGAGUGGUUUUUAGGUUGUAGGAAUAAGGUUUCUUUAGCUUCUGAGCGCCCUUCCAAGAAAAGGAGGCUAUUGAGUGGUGAUGCUGGUUUGGAGAGAGUUAUAAUGAGUAGUCCUUGUGAUGGGGACCAACCAUUUUGCCAUUAUUGUGGCAGGGGAGACACUGGAAGAGAUUCCAACCAGUUGGUCGUCUGCUCCUUUUGUAAAGUUGCGGUUCAUCGAAAGUGCUAUGGUGUGCAUGAUGAUUUAGAUGAAUCUUGGUUGUGCUCCUGGUGUAAGCAGAAGGGUCAUGUUAAAGAAUCUGUGAAUCCUUGUGUUCUUUGCCCAAAGAAGGGUGGCGCAUUAAAACCGGUUAAUAAUAGCGUGGAAGAUGCUGUGGCUGUCCAGUUUGUGCACUUGUUUUGCUCUCUGUGGAUGCCUGAGGCCCAUGUAGAUGAUUUGAAGAAGAUGGAGCCUGUUAUGAAUGUUGGAGAAGUCAAGGAAACCAGGAGAAAAGUAGCGUGUAGUGUUUGCAAAGUGAAGUUUGGUGCUUGUAUUCGGUGUAGCCAUGGAACCUGCCGGACUUCUUUCCAUCCUUUAUGUGCAAGGGAAGCUAGACAUAGGAUGGAGGUUUGGGCAAAGUAUGGUAAUGAUAAUGUUGAGUUGCGAGCAUUUUGCUUGAAGCAUUCAAAUAUACAAGAGAGCCAAAGUAUCUUGCCAUCUGGAGGCUCUAUUGCAGUUAGCAGUGAAUUUUCAGAAGCCAAUGGUCUUCCAGUGACAUUGCCAGUGAGUAUUGAACACAAUUUGAAAGACUGUAGGAAUGGAGGAUUAACUUCUGAUAGCAGUCUGGACAUAUUGAACCAUAAUGAUGAACGACAGGAUGGAGGAUUAUCUGAUAGUACUCAUGACAUAUUGGGAUGUGGUGCUGUGUCACAACAUAAUAUUGGAGUGUUGAUUGAUCGGGGAAAAGUUGAUGUUAAAGAUGUAGCAUCGGAGAUAGGUGUUUUGCCAGAUAUAUUAACUGCAAAUAUCAAUCAGGAAGCGUGUAUGGCCCCUGAUGUGCGACACAAAGUAGUCAAUUGGCUGAAAGACCACGUAUAUACUAGUAGUGCAUUUCAGAGAGGUUUAAAAGUUAAAUUCAAACCAGGCAAUGUAUCAAAAAAUGAAAGUGGAGCCACUGAUGGUUCUGAUGCUUUACCAAUAUCAGAUUCUGGUUUGCUGGAUCCUGUUGCUGUUAAGUCAGUUCCCCCAAGGAGGAGAACAGUCAGUAACAUCAGGAUUUUGAAGGAUAAUAAAGUGAUAUGUUCAUCCGAGGGGGUUACAAAUGAGAAUGGGAUGCCAAUGGACAGGUGCAAAGUUAGUCAGUCUAACUGUGACAAUCCAGCAAGCUCCAAUGAAGCAUCCAUUCCCAAUGCAACUGAAUUGAACAUAACCAAGUCUGAGGAUGUUUUUCAUGAAGUUCAAGGCAAUGCUGAUAAACUUUACAAAUCCAGCUUACCUGGAUGUGUUUCAGAAGACAAGUCUUGUGUUUGUUUGCAGAAUGCUUCUAUGCUUUCUGAUCAACCCUGUCCUGUUCAUUCUGCUUUAGGACUGCCUGAUUCUGGUUUCAUAAAGAAGGAUACACUCUCUAGUUAUAUCCAUCCAUACAUCAGCAAAAAAUUACAGCAGAUUUGUGGUUCAAGUGAUCAGGAAAAUUCUUCUUUGGUUGAAUCCUGUGGGGCUAUUGGCUGCUCAAGUGGCAAAAAUCAGCACUCAACUUGCAUUGACAUCUCAAAGGCUGAGGAAGUAAAUGUGGAGCAGUUGGUUAUGGCUAGAAAAAUGGGACUAUCAGAGUUUCCUCCAGAAGAUGAAUUGGAGGGGGAGCUUGUAUAUUUUCAGUAUAGAUUAUUGCAGAAUGCAGUUGCAAAAAAGAGGCUUACUGAUAACUUAAUCUAUAACGUUACCAAGAGUUUGCCACAUGAGAUUGAUAAAGCACAUCAAUUGAGGUGGGAUGCUGUAACUGUUAAUCAAUAUCUACGUAAUCUUAGGGAGGCGAAAAAGCAGGGUAGAAAAGAGAGAAAGCACAAGGAAGCACAGGCAGUGUUAGCUGCUGCAACUGCUGCUGCUGCAGCAUCUACUAGGGUUUCUUCUUUGCGGAAAGAUACCUUAGAUGAAUCUAUGCAACAGGAGAAUUUAUUAAAAUUGGAUACUUUAAAUGGGAGGACCGGUGCUUGUUCUCAGCCAAUGCCGCGAGCCAAAGAGACACUUUCAAGAGUAGCUGUGACAAGAGUUUCGUCAGAGAAAUAUUCAGAUUUUGGCAUGCCAACCUCAGAUUUUUCUAAGGAGCAACGUAAAUCAUGUGAUAUUUGCAGAAGAUCUGAGACUAUAUUAAACCCUAUCCUAGUAUGCUCUGGUUGCAAGGUUUCAGUGCACUUAGAUUGCUAUCGUAGUGUGAAAGAAACAACAGGUCCAUGGUACUGUGAGUUUUGUGAAGAUUUAUCAUCAAGGAGCUCUGGGGCAUCUGCUAUCAAUUUCUGGGAGAAGCCUUACGUUGUUGCAGAAUGUGCUCUCUGUGGUGGUACUACUGGUGCUUUUAGGAAAUCUUCUGAUGGUCAAUGGGUUCAUGCCUUCUGCGCUGAGUGGGUUUUUGAGUCUACGUUCAGAAGAGGACAAAUAGAUGCUGUUGAAGGAAUGGAAACUGUGCUGAAAGGAGUUGACAUUUGCUGUAUCUGCCAUCGCAAGCAUGGUGUAUGCCUGAAGUGUUGCUAUGGCCAUUGUCAGACCACAUUUCAUCCAUCUUGUGCUAGAAGUGCUGGUUUGUACAUGAAUGUGAGGAUUGCUGGUGGCAAGACACAACACAAAGCUUACUGUGAAAAACAUAGUUUGGAGCAGAAGGCAAAGGCUGAAACUCUAAAACAUGGAAUUGAAGAGUUAAAAAGUAUCAGGCAAAUUAGGGUUGAACUAGAGAGAUUGCGUCUCCUUUGUGAAAGAAUUGUCAAACGUGAAAAAUUAAAGCGGGAAUUGGUGUUAUGCUCACAUGACAUACUUGCUUUUAAAAGAGAUCAUGUUGCUAGGUCUGUACUAGUUCAUAGUACUUUCAUCCUUCCAGAUGGUAGUUCAGAAUCAGCUACAACAUCGCUUAAAGGGAACACGGAGGGAUACAGAUCAUGCAGUGAAGCACUCCAAAGAUCAGAUGAUGUUACAGUGGACAGCUCAGUUGCUGCUAAGCACCGUGUCAGGGUUGCUGUAUCCAUGGACACAGACCCGAAAUUGGAGGAUGACUGCUCAACCUCGCAAAGUCAUUAUAACAAGAUUCCAGAUAGGACCCAAUUUUCUGGCAAGCAGAUUCCUCAUAGAGCUGCUGCAUCACGUAAUACUACAGAUGAGUGUGGAUGGAGAUCCAAAUCUAGAAAGGUGCAUAAUGACUAAGACUUUAAUAUCCUAUUUUCUCUUUCACUCAAUUUUCACUGUGAAAUAUCUGGUUUGCGGGUGGGUGAAUUGUGGAUUCAGUGGGACAAGCCCUCAUGCUGUCUUGCUUAUUUGCAAUUACAGCAUGCUGAGACAUUUGGAAAAGAGCUUGUUAUGACGUCUGAUGAAGCAUCUAUGAAGAAUUCAAUGCUACCUAAAGGAUAUGCAUAUGUUCCCGCUGAUUGCCUGUCAAAUGACAAGCAAUCUAAUGAGGAUGUAUUUGCUGUUGGACCAGUGGAGCAUGACAGGUAGAGUGUUGGACCCAGCCUGGUUAUUUUUAUUUUGCCCACAAGGCUGACAUCCAUAAUAUUCGAUGCCAUGCUGUUUUGCUCGUGGAUGAAUUUUAUUUGAAAAUGGCAAAAUGUAGAGAUAGUUCUCUGGUCACUGUAUUGUUGCAGAAUGUUGCAUUCUGCUAUGGCGGGGGUUAGUUUUGUUAGCAUUGUUGUACAUUCGUUAUGAGAGUAAACUGUACAGUGGAUGAGCAUUUCUUGCAUUUACUUGUAUUAGAAGGGCAUGCAUUCCGUUUUAAUGACACUCGUGGGAAGGACGGAACAGAUGCAUUCCUUUUUGUAAUCAUACAAGGGAAGAUCAGGGAAUCACCAGUUUUUCUGUAAAGUUGAUGUGUACAUAUUAUGACAGUCGUAUUAAUUCUGAAAGGGAUCGUGCUCGGCAUCAGAUUCACCGAGCACAUAAAUUAUGUAACCUUCCACCUCCUAAAUUUGUAUUUUUACACCCCCUCCCUAAUCCUCGCAUUCCCAUCGAGUAUUAACGGUGAUUGUCUUGUAAUUGUUUUGACCAGAGUUCCGUGAUAUUUUAAUGUAGUUAAUGAUGAUUAGUC